AAAAAUCCCGCCUCCUUGGGUCUGUAUUUGUUGUUUUGAAACCCUCAGCCAACCCCGCUCUCUCCCUUUCCCGCCUCUCUCUCCCUCUCUUUUCCUUAAAAUCCCUAAUCUUCACCUCUCUCUAUUACCACUUCUUUGUUCUUCCUCUCUUUAUUUUUUUCUUCGAUUCGCACUCUUCUUCUUCACUUUCUCCUUUCGCCAUGAACCGCAGAACCAGACCAAGCAUCCCUCAUCCCUUCCACAAGUACCUCAAACCAGGCGCGCUUGCUCGAAUCCGAGACUCUCGCAUCAGCGCCAGAUCUCACCGCCUCAACUCCCUCCUCCGCCACCAGAUCUCCCUCAACCGCCCUCCCUCGCCGCCGCCGCUCCCCAACUCCGACCAGCCUCAGGCCACCGCCAACGCCAACGCCGCCGAUGCCAGCUUCCCGUUCUUCCUUGCCAGGAUCUACGGCCCGCGCUGCCCGCAGCGGAAGAAGCUCAUGGCCGCCAAGUCUAUCCUCUUCGUCCCCGUCAAUCCCGCCGCGGACUCGCCCGAUCUCGUCAUCGACGAUCUUCUCGUCGCCAAUUGAAUCCUCUCCCUCUCUCUCCAAAAAAAAAAGAAGAAAAAAAAACUGUUUGGUUAUUUUUCUAUUGUAGGAUGUACUAUUUAGAGCGGUUUAGAUGUGCAGAUGUAGCACUGUUGUUUUUAAUUAUGUGAAAAAAAAACAAAAAACCUUAUUCAGAUAGGCCUGAAAUUAAUAAAGUGAAAUCAAUUUUCCUAUUGCGUA